GAGUAAUUGUCAGUUAGUCCAUUGGUGCCACUGAGCUGGGAGCAGUGUCACCACGUGACUCCUCUAGUGAAGGCCUGCUGUUUGUUCAGCUAGAGAGGCAGAGAAGAAGAAAAAUGGCGGCUUUAGGCGAACCCAAACAGGACGCCGGGCUAACAUUUUGAGCUUUCACACCCGAAAAAACAAAGGGGUAUCACGGGGUUACUGCACCGUUUGAAUCCCCACCGGUCCAGCUUCGUGGCGGUGCUGCUUUCGUUCGCGUCCGUAUAGGCUAAAUAAACGCAAAAAACUGUGAUUGUAAAAUAACAGAUUUCGCCUAUCAUGAGAGGGAAAAGAGGCAGGCCGCCCAAAUCGCUACAAGCCGAGGAGCCGUCACCAGCUACGGCCCGGGGCUUGCGACCCAGAAGGAAUCUGAAGCCCAGGUUGCGGGAUAGCGGGGAUGAGGAGAGCCCCACAAGGGAGAACACCAAGCCAGCCAGAAAGAAGAGAGGGGGAUCCGGCACGUCAACACGGGGCAGGGGACGAGGUAGAGGUGGCGGCGGUGGCAGAGGAGGCAGAGGGGGUCGUGGAGGAAGGCGGACGGCUGCGUCCAAAACUGUGGUGUACGACGACCACGAGAGUGACGAGGAGGACGAUGCUGUUAGUUUGAGGUCGGAAGAGGACGAGUUUAUUGAGGAGGAACCUCAGUCCGAAGAGGAUGAGGCCCUCAAAGAGGACUCUGAUUGCCUUGAAGAUGAUGUGCUGGACGACGAGGAGGAUGAUGCCAGCUCCUGUACAGAGAGUAGCUUUCGGAGUCAGAGCACGCACACCAGCACUCCGGGGAAGAAAAAAGUACGGGCCCCUCGGCCUCGCACUCCCAUUCUGGAGGAGAAGGAGAUUCCUCCUCUUGAACUUCCUGACACCUCUGAGGAUCUCCUGGUGCCUAAUGAGGAGCUGCUCAAUGCCACCUCAAUUUAUGAGGUGCUACGGAACUUCAGCACGGUGCUGCGUCUCUCCCCUUUCCGCUUUGAGGACUUUUGUGCAGCACUGGUAGGCCAGGAGCAGUGCACUUUAAUAGCAGAGACCCAUAUUUCCCUUUUGAAGGCCAUCCUACGUGAGGAGGACUCCUCCAACACUACCUUUGGCCCCGCUGACCUCAAGGACAGUGUCAAUUCCACUCUGUACUUUAUUGAUGGCAUGACAUGGCCUGAGGUGUUGCGGGCAUACUGUGAGAGUGACCGGGAGUACCAUCAUGUCCUUCCACACCAAGAGGUGGAUGAGUAUCCUUACGGUCCUCUUGAAAGUAAGAUCAAGGUGCUACAAUUCUUGGUGGACCAGUUUCUCACCACCAACAUCGCCCGUGAGGAGCUGGUGUCUGACGGCAGCAUGCAGUAUGAUGAUCACUGCCGUGUGUGUCAUCGCCUGGGUGACCUGCUCUGCUGUGAGACCUGCUCAGCAGUCUACCACCUGGAGUGUGUGAAACCACCGCUUGAGGAGGUUCCAGAGGACGAGUGGCAGUGUGAGAUUUGUGUGGCACACAAAGUGCCUGGUGUCACAGACUGUAUGACAGAGGCACAGAAAAACAGGCCCUACAUCCGCCAGGAGCCCAUUGGAUAUGACCGGCACCAGAGGAAAUACUGGUUCCUAAACAGAAGGAUUAUUGUCGAGGAGGAUGGGGAGCACGAGAAGAAAAAGAUCUGGUACUACAGCACCAAGGUGCAGCUGGAAGAGCUCAUGGGCUGCCUGGAUAAAGAGUACUGGGAGAUGGACCUGCAUGCCACUCUGGAGGAGAUGAAGGAGGAAGUACAAGCUCACAUGGACAUCACAGAAGACCUUACCAUAAAAGCCCGUGGAAGCAAUAAAGCCUACCUCACUGCUGUCAAUGAUGUGAUCAUGGAGCAUGUGAAGGUCAGGCGGGAGGCACAGGAAGCGAAGAGGCGAGCAGAGGACCCAAAGCAGGAAGCAGAAAUGGGCUCCGUUAAAUCAGCAGAGGACACUGCUGCGUUUACUUCGCAGCUUGACGACAGAGAACACAAAGACACUGAGCCUAAGGAAGAUGGUAGUUCCCAAGCAGCCUCAGUUCCCCCUGCUGAAGAGGAGAGCUGUGUGUCGGAUCCUAACAACGGCUCAGCCUUCCAGGACUCAGCUGUGCCUAAAGCAGAAAGCCCUGAAUCAAAUGAGGAAGAGAAGCCUGCUCAGUCUUGGAGCCAGGAGAAUGAGGAGUCCCCCCCAGUGGCAAAGCAGAAACGGACAGUAGAAUCUAGCAACGAAGUCGCACACCCUGACGACUUGCAGGCACAAACCCAAGAUCAGUCACAGCAGCAGUCGUUGCAACCACAGGCGAGUAGUUGCAGCAGCCAAGUUUCUGGAUCUGGGAGCAUCAGGAAACCAGACCUGCCUGACCUGGCUGAUCGGUCCUCGCAGUCCUCUUUUACUAGCCAGGAUGUGACAGAGGAGAGGAGAGCAGCAAGACAGGAAUUGAAUAACCAAACGCCCAGAGGCAGCAAAGAGUCAUCCCCUGUACACUCCGAUGGAGAAUCUUCGCGACUCAGCUUCUUGAAAAGGGACCUGACAGUGAAUCUGAACAGCUUGUUCAAACUGGGCCAGGAGGGCAAAUACAGGGUUUACCACAACCAGUACAGCACCAACGUCCUGGCCCUCAACAAACAUCAGCACCGUGAGGACCACGACAAGAGACGCCACCUAUCCCACAAGUUCAGCCUGACAACCGCAUCUGAGUUCAAAUGGAACGGCUCUAUCUACGGUUCGCGGAACCUGACAGUCUCAACCCUGCGUCUCACCAUUAUCCAAUUGGAAACCAAUGUGCCUGGACCAUUUAUGCAUCCUAACUGGGCAUCGCACAGGACCAACUGGAACAAAGCAGUGCAGAUGUGCAGCAAGGCCAGGGAAUUUGCUUUGGCCUUGGCCAUUCUGGAGUGUGCCAUCAAACCAGUGGUGAUGCUGCCUGUAUGGAAGGAUUCUCUUGGACACACAAGGCUACAUCGCAUGACCUCCAUGGAGCGGGAGGAGAAAGAGAAGGUGAAAAAGCGAGAGAAAAAACUGGAGGAUGAGGAGACACUGCAGCAGGCCACUUGGGUGAAGUACACCAUCCCUAUUAAACACCAGGUGUGGAAGCAGAAGGGGGAGGAGUACAGAGUGACUGGUUAUGGUGGCUGGAGCUGGGUCAGUAAGACCCAUGUGCCACGUUUUGUUCCAAAGCUACCAGGAAACACAAAUGUAAAUUACCGCAAAGAACUGGAGGCAGCUAAAGUGAGCAAGGACAAUGCAGCGUCUUGCACAAAUAACCAAAAGAAGUUGAUGGAAACUGAGAAGCAAAAUAAAGCGGAUAAGGACAAGGAGGAAGCGUCUAUAAUUGCAUCAGCUCAGAGCAUUUCAUCAGAGGAGGAAUGCAAACCUCAGAACUCCAAUGAUGAAGAAAAACCCACAGAGAAGGAGGAGGGAAAAAAUGUGGAAGAGAAGAGAGAGGAUGAAAAUAUGGAGGUUGACCCCUGCCCACAAACUGUUGCUUCAAGAGAUGAGAAAGAUGAAAAGAAAGGUCCUUCCUUACCUACUGUGGAGCCUGUAAGGGAAGAGCCAAUCCAGAAUGUUGAACAAUCCAAGGAGGAGACCAGUGCAUCAAAGCCCUACUAUGAUGUUGUGAAUGUCAGUGAGGGCUUCCAGCUGCGGACGGCUUAUAAGAAGAAGGUAAAGCCUUCCAAACUGGAUGGGCUCUUGGAGCGCCGGGUUAAACAGUUCACCUUGGAAGAGAAACAGAGGCUAGAGCGGGUGAGACAGGCAGCCCUGCUGUCCAAAAUGGCUGCCACAAAGCCUAAUUCAGGGGUUAAGACUGAAGGACCCACGUUAGGCAAACAGCAGCCUGCUGGGACCCCAUGUGUUAAAGCAGAAGAGAACGAGGAGAGUUUACAGGUCAAAGACCACGUGGUUAAAAAGCUUGAAUUUGAGCAGGAGCAGACGGAGGCAAAAACAGACAAUUUGGAUGUCAAAUCAGACUCUACAGCAACCAACCACAGCAAACGGACAGAGGUAAAUGCUCUGCAGGGGAACGGUGGGGAGGCCUUAGCCCAUAAAGAGGUGAAUGGAGGACCCUUAGACAACACUGAGCUCAACAAUAAAAGCAAUUGUAUAUCAGAGGCAAUAGAAAGCAAAGAAAAAACACAGAAGCCAGAGGUGGCUCGAAUGGCAGAGAAUGCUAAAAAACGUGGGUAUGAGGAGAUGGAGCAAGGCAGUGGACAGAGUAACACAAAGAGCAUGGAGGUAGACCAAAACAAGACCAGUCCAAUGCAAGUGAAUGGGAAAUCUAGGGUCAUCGCCACUGCAGCCUCAAACAUCAAUUCAGACCCAGCCAUUCCAGUCCAAGGUGACAUCAAGGAGCCUCAGAGAGAGCCUGUCAAGUCCCUGAUGAAUGGAGACCUCUCGCAAAAUGAUGCGUCCGACAUAUGUCAUGCACCUCCCCUGAAAGUCCCAAAAUUAGAGAACCAUGUGGCGGAGAAAGGAGACACUCUCAAUAAGAAUGAGGAUAUGGCCAUGGAGAGUGAGGGGACAAUACCUCCUAAGCUUCCAAACUCAAGCCUUUCUUGCAUGAAUAGUAAUAGCACAGACAAUUGCUGUAGUAGUGAAGGUUUGAAGGCUUCUGUCACCACUAAUACCACCACCACAGAGUCUCAAAAUGUCCCAACAACUGACAUGUCCAGCAGCAGUAGUAAGCCUGAUGUGACGUAUCAAGCAGCAAGUAGCGCAGUCUCCUGUGUUACCACUUCCACCACCACCCAGCCCAGCUCCCUUGCACCUGGGCCAGUUGUUUCCCAGAAGACCAAAAUUCCAGUCACUGACACCAAGAUGGGCAGCUCUGGUUCAACAACAACUAGCUCCAUGACAAUUAGUAAAGAGUAUUCCACCAGAGACCGAGUCAGCCUUCUGAGGUUCUCCAAAUCCAAGAAGGCACGCUCAGGCACCGCCCUGCCGUCCUACCGCAAAUUUGUUACUAAGAGCAGCAAGAAGAGUAUCUUUGUCCUGCCAAAUGAUGACCUGAAGAGGCUGGCGAGGAGAGCAGGCAUCAGAGAGGUGCCCAUCUUCAACUACAACGCCAAACCAGCUCUGGAUAUUUGGCCCUACCCUUCACCUCGGCCCACUUUUGGAAUCACAUGGAGGUACCGUCUACAGACUGUGAGGUCGCUGGCAGGGGUCAGCCUGAUGUUGAGGCUGCUGUGGGCCUGCUUGAGGUGGGACGACAUGGCUGUUAAGCCCUCUGCUACUGUAGGGACUACUCGAAAAGAAACCACGGACACAGACAUCACCACAACAGAGAUUAUAAAACGAAGAGACGUGGGGCCCUAUGGCAUCCGCUCAGAAUACUGCAUCAGAAAAAUCAUUUGUCCCCUUGGAAACAGGGACACUCCCAAAGAAACCCCCACUCCACAGCGGAAAGGCCUGCGUUCGAGUGCCUUGAGGCCCAAGAAGCAGGAGCCAGCCAAGCUGACUGGGCCUAUUGCUGUGGAGACAUGGGUGCCUGAAGAGGAAAUGGAGCUGUGGGAGAUCAGGGCCUUUGCAGAGAGGUUGGAGAGGGAGAAGUCACAAGGUGUUGAUCCCUCCAAGACUGGCAGUAGUCUGAAGACAGCAGAGGAUGUCAAGGCCCAUUUGGAGAAUCAGCUGAAACAAGCCCGACUGGCUGCACAGCAGAAACGUUUGGAGCAGCAGAGACCAAGUACAACUGCCACUGCUUGCACUACAACAGCCACCACCACCACCUCAGCCAGCACUCCCAGCACCCCAGCAUCCACGGGCCAGAGGACAGGUCAGGUCACAUCUGGAACCAAGAUGGUCCUCACCUCCAAACUAGGAUCUCCAAUUUCCUUCCAGCAAGACAAGAACUUCCACCAGUCUUUUGCUUCCUGGGUCAAGCAGGGUCAGAACAACAGCAGCUCAGCCUCCUCUGGCUCGGUGGCCACCGUGGCUAGCAGCAUCACCACCUCAGAGCAAACCUUCCAGAUCGCUGGCAGCCCAGUGACUGUGGGUGGCCAGGUCCUCACUGGCAGCCCAGUGACUGUGGGUGGCCAGGUCCUCACUGCCAAAUUCCCACUGCCCGCUAACAGCAAGAUUGUCACGCUCAACUUGCCCACUAAUCAAGGAGGUGUAGUCCAGCAGAAAGUCUUGGGCAUUUUCCCCUCUGGGCCUCCUGCAAACCUUCGGACAUACAGCACACUACAUCCUACGACUGGCAACAUCAACCUCAGAGCCACCACCUCUGGCUCAACUACUCACCAACAGGCCAUUAUAGCAGGAGGCCAAACACAGCCUGGCACUACAAUGAGCCAGGCAUCUACCCUGUCUACCUCUGUGGGCAGAAGUCCAGCAUUGGCUCAACAAGGCCAACCUCAGCAGGCUGCAACUCAGAUGGGCCGUGGCCAGCCUUUAGCCACAGCUGUGCCUGGUUCUACACCUGUGCAGACGGCAUCAGCUCAGAGAGCAGCAGGUCAGGCACCAUCACCUCGUGCAGCCACCACGGCUCCUGGACAGUCCCCUGUAGCUCCCUCCCAGACCAACAGACCACAGCAGGGUCAAGUCAAACUAACUAUGGCACAGCUCAUGCAGUUAACACAGGGUGCUCAGGGUGGUAAUCCAGGUCUGACAGUGGUGAUCCAGGGUCAGGGCCAGACGCAGGGCCAGCUGCAAAUCAUCCCACAGGGUGUAACAGUCAUCCCCGGCCCUGGUCAGCAGCUAAUGCAGGCGGCCAUGCCUAAUGGCCAGGUCCAGCGCUUCCUCUUCACUCCAGUGCCCCCAUCCUCGUCAGCUUUAACUUCAGCACCCAGUACUGCUGCCUCUACAAAGCCUGUCGUACCUCAGAGCCUUCAAACCCAAAUAUCAGCUCCAGCUCGAGCCAGAACUGCUGCACAAGUCCAGACGACUCCCUCAGCCUUAGCCCAAACACAAAUGGCAGCCCCUGUACCUACCCAAACACAAAUGCCAAGUUUGGCCCCCACCCCAGCUUCAAUCCCUGUGCAAACCCAAGUUACAGCCCCUGUACCCACCCCAACACAAAUCCCAAGUUUGACCACCACCUCAGCUUCAAUUCCUGUCCAAACCCAAGUUGCAGCCCCCGUGCCUCCUGCAGCCCAGACCUCAAUGCAAACACAAGUUCCAGCUGUUACCCCAUUGUCCAUCCAUGCACAACAGCAAAUAUCUGCUCCUGUGCCUCCCCUGCCACAAGCUGCAGCCCAGGCCUCCACAAAGGUUUUAUCCUCAACACCAGCCUCUAUCCCCACACAACCCCAAGUGGCAAGAUCUGUGCCUGCCGUUGCACAAAAUGCAGUCCCAUCUAUGAGUCAGAAAGCGUUCACCUCAGCCACAGAUCCUGCACAAAACCGAACUGAAGUCCCAGCCACGGUCCAAACCCAAGUCUCCAACCUUACCCCAGGCUCGUUCCCUUCACAAACCCAAACUGCAGUGUUGCUACCAGUCCCAGGACAAGUUGCACCCCAGUCCCAGAUCCAAGCACAUUCCCCCAGCCCUUUACCAGGCUUAACCUCAGCCCCUGUCCAGAUGCAUAUUACUGCCCCUGCAACAGCUGUAGCCCCUGUCUCAGUCAAGGCUGCCCAAGUUGCUGCUACAGCAGCUGCUACUAACUCGGGCCAAAUGCAAGCUUCUGCCUCUCUUCCAUCUGCUUUCCCAGUUCCAACCCCUGCUCUUGCUCCUGUCUCUGCACCUGUCAUAGCUGUUGUGUCCACCCAAAUUGCUGUCCCGUCCCCAGCCAAAGCGCUAACCCAAAUCCAAGCCACAGCUCCUGUUCCCCUGCACGCUGCUGUGGCCAGUGCUGUUGUCACACCAGUAACAGCAACCUCUACAACACCUUCAGUGCCAGCUCUGACAGAGCAGAGGGCAGCUCAGCCCCAGGUUUGGACUCCAGCUGUAUCUCAAGCUCAGACUUCAGCUCCCAUUCAGGCACCUGUCCUGGCCACUGUACCUGCCUCUGUCCCUGCGUUGGUCUCCACACAUUCACCCGUCACCCCUUUGCCUCAAGCAUCUCUUACUCCCCAGUCUCAAGCACAAGUCCAGCGCCCUACCGUUGUAUCAGUGCAGCAGGUGUCUCAAAUGCCAGUCUCAGGAGUGGAGGUUCAUAUGACGGGAUUACCAGUCUCUUCUGUUGUGACCACUGUGAGACCCUCCCAGCCUCAGCUCCAGCCCCAAACCAGUACUCAACUAAAACCCCAGCCUCAAGCCCAAAUCCAUGCACAGAUUCAGGUCCAGCCCUUUGGCCAAGUCCAACAAAUGCCAAACAUUCAGGCUCAAGCUCAUCUCCAGUCCCAAGCACAAGCCCAAAUCCACCCCCAGGUCCGAGUUCAGUUUCAGCCACGGGCACCCCAAGCCCAAGUACAGCCCGUUGCUCAAAUCCAACCUCAGGUGCAGUUUCAGACUCAAAACCAAACUUUGCCCCAGGUCCAGGCCCAAGCCCAAGCCCAGGCCCAACUCCAGUCAAGGGUCCAACCUCAGUACCUCCCCCAGGUACAAGCUUCAUUUCAAACACAGACGCAAACCCAACCCCAGGCUCAGCAACAGCCCCAGGUCCAACCUCAGCCCCAGGUUCAGUCGCAGCCUCAGGUUCAGUCUCAGGCCCAAACCCAACUCCAUCCCCAGGUUCAGGUCCAGUUCCAGCAACAGAGCCAGAUUCAACCUCAGGCCCCACAGCAACCCCAUGUCCAAACCCAGCCCCAGUUUCAAGUCCAGUCGCCGCAGCAGACCCAUGUCCAGCAACAGCUUCAGGUCCAAGCCCAACCCCAAGUCCAAGCUAAGCUCCAGGUCCAGUUCCAACCUCAGAACCAAAAUCAAGUUCAAACGCAGCCUCAGCUCCAGGUACAGUCUCCAAUCAGGCAUCAGCUCAUCACUGUUCCUGGCCUGCAACAGCCAGUUCAGUUACUCUCAGCCCUGCCACCCCAUGUGGCAGCCCAGAUCCAAGCCCAGAUCCAGGCACAGGCACAGCAGCAGGGUGGCACAGUUCCGCAGCAGAUCAAACUGCAGCUGCCUAUCCAGAUCCAGCAGACAGGGGGGCAGAUUCAAACCCACCAGAUCCAGAACAUGGUGACCAUACAGGCACCAGCGAGCGUCCAGGAGCAGCUUCAGAGGAUGCAGCCGCAGCCGCAGCAGCAGCAGCAGCCGCAGCCGCCGCAGCAGCAGCCGCAGCCGCAGCAGCAGCAGCAGCAGCCGCAGCAACCACCACCAAAGAAGAAGAAACACCAUGAGACCAAAAGGGAACAGAGAGAGCAGAAUCUGCAGUCUGUUGGCCCUGGGGAUGGCAUCCAAAAACAGGUGGUAGUUAAGCAGAAUGCUACAGCAGAGCAGCUGAAACAGAGGAAGACCCUGGCUGCAGCUGAGCGAGAAGAGAACCAGAGAAUGAUUGUGUGCAACCAGGUGAUGAAGCUCAUUCUUGACAAGAUUGAGAAGGAUGAGAAGCAGGCAGCUAAGAAGAGAAAAAAGGAGGAGGUGGUGGAGCAGAAACGCUCCAAGCAGAACGCAACCAAGCUAACUGCACUCCUGUAUAAGCACAAAGAACAGCUGAAAGCUGAGAUCCUGAAAAAGAGGGCCCUGCUAGACAAGGAGCUGCAGCUGCAAGUACAGGAUGAGCUGAGGCGGGACAUAGCAAGGCUACAGAAAGAAAAGGAAAAAGCCAGAGCUGCUAUAACCCAAGCUGCUGCAGCAACAGUCAAGGCAGCAUCUUCCCACUCCUCCCAUCCUUCUCACUCUAUGCAUUCCUCUCACAGUACCCACACAGUGACCCCAUCUUCCUCAUCCCAUAAACGCAAGAGAGAAGAGGAGAGAGACAAAGACAGAAACAGAGAUAGGGACAGGCAUCACGACAAGGACAAGAAACGGGACAAGGACAGAGACCGAUAUAGAGACAGAGAUAAAGACAGAGACCGGGAUCGAGAGAGGGAGAGAAACCGAGAGCGGGACAGACAUCGGGACAGAGACAAGGAAAGAGAUAGAGACAAAGACCGAGACAAGGACAGAGAUUCCAGCUCAUCAAAACACAAGAAGAAGAAGAAGCUCUCUUCUACCUCAAAGGAUCACAAGAAGGACACCAAACUGUACUGUAUCUGCAAAACACCCUACGACGAGUCAAAGUUUUACAUAGGGUGUGACCUGUGCUCCAACUGGUUUCAUGGCGCAUGUGUGGGUAUCACAGAGAAGGAGGCCAAGAAGCUGGAGGACUUUGUGUGUAAUGACUGUAAACGUGGCCAGGAGGGAGGAAGCAAUGAGGAGCUAUACUGCAUCUGCCGGACACCAUAUGACGAAUCACAGUUCUACAUAGGUUGCGACCGCUGCCAGAACUGGUACCACGGGCGCUGUGUGGGCAUCUUGCAGAGUGAGGCAAAUCACAUCGAUGUGUACGUGUGCCCGCAGUGUCAGUCGACAGAAGACGCCAUGACGGUCCUCACGCCGCUCACUGACAAAGACUAUGAGGGGUUGAAAAGAAUAUUACGCUCGUUACAGUCUCACAAAAUGGCAUGGCCUUUCCUUGAACCAGUGGAUCCCCACGAUGCACCUGAUUAUUAUCGUGUGAUCAAGGAGCCAAUGGACUUUUCCACAAUGGAAACCCAUUUGCAAAAGCGACAUUACCACAAGCUCACAGAGUUUGUGGCUGACGUGACCAAAAUCUUCGACAACUGCCGCUACUACAAUCCCAAUGACACGCCCUUCUUUCAGUGUGCUGAGGUGCUGGAAGCCUUCUUUGUACAGAAGCUUAAAGGUUUCAAAGCGAGCAGAUUGUCAGAUUCUUAAGUGGGCCAGUCUAGCUGGAGUCUGGACUGGAUGCUGGGUUUUCUAGAAAUAAUGAAAUGGAAACCUUCUGUUUCCAAAAAUUUAAAAAUAUCCAUCAAUAAAAAAAACAACAAAAAAACAAAAAAAACAACACCACAAGAACACGCACUUGAACACCAAAUGUGCUUUCAUGUAAAUGUCACCAAUUUAAAGUUUUUCCAGUAAAAAUAUAUGUAAUAAUCACAGAAUGGCAGCCAUGUUGACAAGUGUUAAUAAUGUAAUUGAGGGACAUGCUUUCUUCUAAUCAGGAUACUAGCCUUUUUGAACAAACCCAUCACCGUAGCUAGGUUUUCAGUGAUAUUUUAAAUGCAUUUUAGUUCUUAACUUGUAUUUAUUUUCUGUUAUACAUUUGAGUUGGAUUGAAUAUGUUGAGAAUGUUGACCUUUCCAGAUAUAAGAAUAUAUAAAGCUGCAUAUUUUAUUAUAGAGUAAUAUUUAUGAGACGUUUUGUAUGUUGCUCUCCCCUAGUGUUUGAUUUAGCUGGUUGUUAAGAUGGCUGUCUUGAGUGUACAUAUGUUUUAUCAUGUACAGUGGUUGUAAGAUAUAUAUCUGACUUUGAAUGUUUGGAUGUUUUAAAUAAUUAUGAAACAAACCAUUUUAGAUAGUAUUGUUUUAGAAGACCAAAAUGUACUAUGAAGAGUGAGGAAUUUCACCUCAUCUUGUUCCUCACUUAAUAAUGUAACCUCAGUUUGUAGUUGCGGAAGAUUUCUUCAUUAAUAAAGGCAUUCCCAAUAAAUUACACCAA